GGACAAACAUUGACAGGCUGAGACACACAGAGAGUGAGAAGGAGGGAGCUUGCAGCACCUGAGAGGCAGCAGCUUCAUUAGCAUCAGGAGGAGAGUCGCUCACAGGCAGCCACGCCAGGACUCGUGUAGAUAAAUUGCUGUUAUCCACCGCUUGUGGAGCAGCUACAGGGGGAGGCUACAGCGGAGGAGGAGAACGAGGCUGGAGCCAAAGCUUGAAUGAGAGAAUGAGAAGCAUCGCUGCCACCUGACUCAUACGGGGAGUCAGCCUCAGCACCUGCAGCGGCAGUCUGAGCACUCCGGCUAUCAAGGAGACUGGGGCAGACGGGGAGAGAGCUGCUGAGAUUAUGCGCGGGGCAGAGAGCUCCUGUGGAUUCCCCAUCUUUGGCAACAGCAGCAGCAGCAGGAGGAGCAGGAGCUGUGGCUCUACAGAUAACAGCAGAGCUAGCUGGAGCUGCAGCAAAACAAGGAGCCCUCACUCCAAAGCAAUUUAUUUAUCCAGAGAUGAAGGUAGCAUUUACAGCCAAAGUGUAACAGGAACCAGCUGCAGAUGCUGCCACAGUGUUGAAUGUACCUGUAGCCCGAGCAGUGACGGUCGCUGCAGCGCUGGUGUCAAGGUGACCACAGCAGUGCAGUUAGGUGUAGUUGUAGCUGUAGCAGGGGGGGGCAGUGGCUCAGGACACUGAAUGACCAGUGUGGCUGAUGAAGGCCACCUGGAUCCGCUUGCUGAAACGAGCCAAGGGAGGUCGCGUCAAGAGCUCUGAUGCCUGUGGUUCGGCCGACUCCUACACCAGCCGUCCAUCAGACUCCGAUGUGUCCCUGGAGGAGGAUAAGGAGGCAGUGCGCAGAGAGGCAGAGCGACAGGCUCAGGCACAGCUCGACAAGGCCAAGACCAAACCAGUUGCAUUUGCUGUUCGCACAAAUGUCAACUACAGCCCGAGUCACGAUGAUGACGUCCCCGUGCCAGGCAUGGCCGUCUCCUUUGAGGCCAAAGACUUCCUCCAUGUCAAAGAGAAAUUCAACAACGACUGGUGGAUAGGACGCCUGGUGAAGGAAGGCUGUGAAAUCGGUUUCAUCCCCAGUCCUGUGAAGAUUGAAAACACUCGUAUCCUCCAGGAGCAGAGAGCCAAACAGGGCAAGUUCCACUCCAGUAAAUUGGGAGCAAACUCAUCUUCUAGUUUAGGUGAAGUGGUUCCUAACUCACGGAAAUCUACUCCUCCUUCGUCUGCCAUUGAUAUAGACGCCACAGACUUAGACCCCGAGGACAAUGAGCUUCCAGUCAACCUGCGCUCCCCUAAAGCCAGUCCAAACACUGUCAUGUCACCCCUAGCAAAAGAGAAACGAAUGCCCUUCUUUAAGAAGACGGAACACAUUCCUCCGUACGACGUUGUGCCUUCCAUGCGGCCCGUGGUUCUGGUUGGACCGUCACUGAAGGGCUACGAGGUGACAGACAUGAUGCAAAAAGCACUGUUUGACUUUUUGAAACACAGAUUCGAGGGAAGAAUAUCAAUCACACGCGUCACGGCAGACAUCUCUCUUGCCAAACGCUCAGUCCUGAACAAUCCCAGCAAGCACGCCAUCAUCGAGCGCUCCAACACACGCUCAAACUUGGCUGAAGUCCAGAGUGAGAUUGAGCGGAUAUUCGAACUGGCCCGCACGUUACAGCUGGUAGUCCUGGACGCCGACACCAUCAACCACCCGUCACAGCUGGGGAAGACUUCCCUCGCCCCCAUCAUCGUCUACGUCAAGAUCACCUCUCCCAAGGUGCUGCAGAGGCUCAUCAAGUCCAGAGGCAAGUCUCAGGCCAAACACCUCAAUGUCCAGAUGGUGGCCGCAGACAAGCUGGCUCAGUGCCCUCCUGAGAUGUUUGACAUCAUCCUAGAUGAGAACCAGCUGGAGGACGCAUGCGAGCAUAUGGCAGAUUACCUGGAGGCCUACUGGAAAAGCACUCACCCCACCAGCUGCAACCCCCCCAACCCAGUGCUAACAAAGCUGCCCACAGCCACCCUGCCCUCCAGCCCAGCCCCGGUCUCCGGCCAGCAGGGCAGCGGUGCGGAGCAGAAAGGAGAUAAAGCAUUAGUGGAGAGAAAAGGCUCCAGAGAGGAUCACCAGCAGCAGCAGCAGCACCACCAUCACCACCACCACCACCACCACCAGAGCCAGGACCAGGCCGACGCCGACGCCGAGGCUGAGGGGGAGGGCAACGAGGAGGAGAGGCCUCUGAGGACAGAGUCCUCCAGGAGAGCCCAGCACAUCCACCACCGUUCGUCUUCCACCAGGACUGAGCACCACAACCACCAUCACCACCACCACCACAGCAGUCGAGCCCGGGGCCUCUCCGGGCAGGACACUUUGGACUCGGAGACCCCUGAGAGCAGAGAGAGCCGAGAGAGCAAGGACUCGGCUUAUAUCGAGCCACGCUCUCAGCUCCUCCACCGGGAAGAAGAGGAAGAGGAGGAGGAGGAGGAGGAGGAGGAAGAAGAGGAGGAGGAGGAGGAGGAUGAGGAUCUAGGGGAGGGGCACCCCCAGCAGCAACAGCGUUACGAGCCACUGCCCCACCGGGACCACAACCACCAUCACCACCACCACCAUCACCGCGGUGGGGCGGAGGAGGCCGGCCACAGCACGGGACACCACCGCUCGAAGGAGCGCGAGCAGGACCAUAACGAACGGAACAAGCAGCGCUCGCACCACCACCGGCCGGCACGCGACCACCACCACCACUACUACGACCGGGACAGAGACAGGGACCGAGAGGGGGAGGUGGCUCCCAAAAAGAGGGGCGACGCGGGGGAAUGGGCCAGAGACUCCUACAUCCACCAGUGACAGACCAAAUCCCUUCCUGAAGCUCAUCUGGACUCUUAAAGACCGUUCUGUUCUCCCAUCGUGCUGCUAUACCCCCCCGAGACCACAGCAUCCUAUUUAUGUACACUUCCUUUGUAAAAUGCUGUUGCAUCUUUUUUCAACGGCAGGAUUUUGAUUACAUAGAUACAAAUAUAAAUAUAUAAAUAUAUGUAUGUGUGUAUCUAUGCAUAGACGUUGUUUAUGUGUGGAUAUGCAUGAAUAUUCUUAAAUAUGCAUAUUUUAAAACCUGUGUUUGAUAAAGCAUGACACAAAAGCAGAAUUUUUUUCUGUACUGAGCUGUGCUUUCUGUGAUUAGCAUUUUUAUUUUUAUUAUUAUUAUUAAUUUUGGGGGGUUUUUGCUUGCUACCACUUGAAUAAUUUGUUCCUUCAGACUACUGCUAGGGUUGACUGCAAACGGUUGACUAACUAAGUUAGUUUGCUGUAUUUGCAGAGGUCUUUUGUUUGAAAUAGUUUGGAAAUUUGGGGAAAUACGCAUAUUUGCUUUCUUGCUGAGAGUUACGCCGAGUUGCCAGUUUAUUAGGAACGCCUGGCUGAAACUAAAGCAACGCUGGUACAACAGUUGUGUGUAAAUCCUGCCUUUGUGAAGGUUGUAAUGUUCAGUUUUUGUUCAGGUUUAGAGAGAACUGAUCCUUUUUGGAGGCUGUAGUUUGUGGUGAUGUUGCAGGUGUUUCUAUUAUUUAGUAGUAGUUAGUUUAGUAGUAUUUUUUUAUAGUCUAAAUCAGUGGUUUUCAGCGAGGGGUUCUUGAUUGGGUUGUAGAGAAAAAAGAGAAGAAAUUGGUCGUUUUGAUUGAUUGUACUUUAUUGUGAUCCUAGUUUGAUUAACUAUGAAGACGUAACAAUCUCCAAACCUGGUCUAAAUAACAGAAACACCACGAACUACCUCCUGCAAGCUAGUGUCAACAAAAGGCAGAAUUUAACUACAAAACUGUCAACUGAGCGUAGAUGAGAAGAUCAAUACCGCUCGUAUUUGUAAAGGUUAACAUGAAGCUACAGCUAGCAGCCGGUCGGCUUUGCUUGGGAGUGAAAAGUUAAAACUAAAUCCACCUACCAGCAGCACUGAAGCUCACUAAUUAACAGUUUAUAUCUCAUUUGUUUACUCUGUACAAAAACAAAGUCUAAAAAAAAAACGACGAGUUGUGUUUACAGCGGGGGCUUAACUUUAGCUCGCUCACGCUAACCGUAGCUUCAGGCGGCUGAGCGGUCUCCAUCUUCUCAUCUCCCUCUCUGUAAGAAAGCCAGUGAGCUCGAUUCCCAAGUGUCAGACUACUCCCGUCAUUUUAAGUUCAUCAUUUAUUGCUUAGUUCCUAUUUUUUUUUUUUUUUUUUUUUAAAUUCUGCGGCCAUGGAUUUAGACAUUUUGGUUUUAUGCCUCCUUCGAGGUGCACCUUAGUCUUGCCUUACAAGACAAACGACUUCUACAAUAACUUCCUCUCGUACAUGCAGUACUGUUCUCUUUGUAUGGGUCCAGAAACAUUUUAUAACAUUGAUACACCCUUUAUUCAGCACUUUUACUGAUUCACGUUGGUUUCCAGUGAAAGCGAUUUGAUAUUGACAUUGCAACUUACCGUAGGUCUACUACCAAAACGCCAUCGAGGUUCAUCUUUUAUUAAGUCUGACCCCCCACCCCCCCUUUUUCUAAUGAAUGUUGUUUAACUCCCACUUUAGAGUAUAAAGAAUGUUCGUUUUAGGAUCACUAAAAAUUAAAAGAUGCAUUUGCAACUCAAAACAAUUCAAAAUGUUUACCCGACGAAGAUGGUUGUGUUUUCUGUCUGUCGUCCCUUUGACCAGGAACUAUAUAAUGCAUUGAUGGUUGUAGAGCCUCCAGCACCUGCCCCCCCCCCAGGUUGCUCAAUGACAUACAAAAGCUGGUUCAACUCACAUUUUCACAGAUAUCAUAUUAAUUCCUGAUACUGAAAAUCUGAAUUGAGCCCCUCUGUUUACAAAACCACCGACCCCGUCUCUUCACCUUCUUUGUUUUUGCUUGUAAGAAAAAAAAAAAAUGUUAAAAAAGACUCUUUCUAUGCUACAUUGGUAGCAUUGCAGAUUUUCUAACGGUGUACAUGUGUAUGUACAUAAUGCAUAAAUAUACAGAAUAAAGUUGGCAACAAAGGACCUACGAGGAGGAGGAGGAGAAGAA